CACCUCCUUUAAUUUUGUGUUUUUUUUUUGAAAAUUGAUGGUUAAUGAUGUUACGAAAGCAAAAUUUCUUCUUUUAAUUUCUCUAUACAUGAGUUUAAUGUUUAUUUACUGCCUUCCCCUUAGAUCUGGAGAAAAAUAUUAAAAUCUAUUAGAAAGGAAAAAAAAAACUCUUUUGUUUUCUUUUCCAUUCAUUAGGCGUUUCGCUUUCGCAGUGGCCCAGUUAUUGUUCGUCAGUUUCUGUGAGAGUGAGUAAACUCUGUUUGUUUCUUGCGCUGUGGGUUAUCUUAUCAUCAUAAUGUCGGAAAGCAUAUCUCAUUGAUGCUUUUUUUUUUGUGAGGAAAGAUAUUCAGACGGAUUACCUUAUUGCAUGUGCCUCCUAUAGAGAAACUGAGAUUUGGUGUCCGAAUUUGUUUCUUUGUUCAUCUCUGUUUCUCCUUGUGAAAGGGAACACAGGAACGGUUGGCUCAGUAAAUAGAUUAUGGAACGUGAUUUACCGUCUGUUAAAUCAUGGAAAUCACUUGUCAAGAGAAGAAACAACCCUCAAGAUGGUGGUAAAUCAUCGUGGAAGAUGAAACCGGUUAUGGCUCUCAUGUGUACAGUUCUUUUGAUCUUUUGGUACAAAACCACGAAUAUUCAGUAUGAACAGACAGAGUUUGAAGAAACAGAUUAUCCCUUUGAGAUGGCAAAGGAAUCUGAACCGGUGAGUGAGAAGUUGAAAGGCUUGCCUUUUGGUAUCAUACAGCCUAGAUCAGAUUUGGAGUUAAAGCCCCUUUGGUCAAGUAGUACUUUGAGGUCAAAGGGAGGCGAGUUGAUGAAUCGUAACUUGUUGGCAAUGCCGGUAGGACUUAAGCAAAAGGACAAUGUUGACUCUCUUGUACAGAAGUUUCUUCCGGCGAAUUUUACUGUUAUACUAUUUCAUUAUGAUGGAAACAUGGAUCAGUGGUGGGAUCUGGAGUGGAGCUCUAAAGCCAUACACAUUGUUGCACAUAACCAAACCAAAUGGUGGUUUGCGAAACGGUUUCUCCAUCCUGAUAUCGUCUCCAUUUAUGAUUAUGUUUUCCUUUGGGAUGAAGAUCUUGGAGUGGAGAACUUCAACCCGCAAAAAUACUUGAGGAUAGUUAAAGCAGCAGGACUUGAGAUCUCUCAACCGGCCUUGCAUCCAAACUCAACCGAAGUUCACCAUAGGAUUACAGUCCGGUCUAGAACGAAAGUAUUCCAUAGACGAGUUUAUGAUAGUAGAGGCAAUAUGAAGUGCUCAAUUGCUAGUGAAGGCCCUCCAUGCACCGGAUUUGUUGAAGGAAUGGCUCCAGUGUUUUCAAGAUCUGCUUGGUUCUGCACUUGGAAUCUUAUACAAAACGAUCUGGUUCAUGGAUGGGGAAUGGAUAUGAAACUUGGCUACUGUGCUCAGGGUGACCGUAGCAAGAAAGUUGGUAUUGUAGACAGUGAAUAUAUCUUCCAUCAAGGCAUUCAAACUCUAGGUGGAAGUGGUUAUCCCGACAAGAAGAACUCAGCUCGCAGUGUUGUCAAUAGAGUAAGUUAUUUUUACCAUCCAAACUCUCAUUUCUUGACUGUAAACAUCAGUAGUUUCACAGCGUUGGUCACUUUUCUUUGUAUACAGAGACGCGGCUCUCCUGCUUUUGAUUCAAGAACAGAGAUACGGAGGCAGUCAACAUGGGAGCUUCAAACUUUUAAAAAACGGUGGAACCGUGCGGUUGAGGAAGACAAGAACUGGGUCGACCGGUCUUCAUCGACAAGGAACCGUAUCAGCAAUAACCGGAGGUUUAAACGGACUAGUGUGAUUUCAAGUUUAUUGCAGAGGCAAGCUCAAGAAACAGUAAAAUAAACACGUACAGUUUUGUAAUCAGAUCAGUUAAAAUAUAGAAAAAGCCAAAAAGGUUUUGCUCAUUGUUAAAUAUUAGUAUAAGUUAAUAGUUAAAUAUAUACUCUCUUUUGAUUAGGGUAGUUUUCAUUAUCUUCUUUGGAUGUGGCUUAGUCUUUCUUCAUCUUUGAUUAAUUCCAAUGGUUUGAGUAUUGUUUUU